GCGGGCCAGCGUGACGGGCUGGGGAGGUGGUACCAGGCUGGUUGCUAGCUGCCGCCGCCGCUCACCCCGGCCCCCCGCCGCUUCAUUGUCACCGGGCCUCUGGGUAGUGUUGGGGCGGCGGGGCGCCAGGUCGCCGACCCGAGCUUUGGGCGCGACUGGUUCCGCAUCCUUCCCCGCCGGCCGAAUCUGCAGGCCCCGCGCGCCAGGCCGGCUUCGCGGCUGGCCCCCAGCCCGCGCAGGACCUGCCUCGUCCACCAUGAAAGGCACCCGGGCCAUCGGCAGCGCCCCGGAGCGCAGCCCGGCAGGUGUGGACCUGAGUCUGACAGGUCUCCCUCCGCCUGUGUCCCGGCGCCCUGGCAGCGCCGCCACCACCAAGCCCAUCGUCCGCUCUGUCUCCGUGGUCACAGGCAGCGAGCAGAAGAAGAAGGCGCUGGAGGCCACAGGGCCUGGGGGCUCCCGGGCCAUCAACAACCUUAGAAGAUCCAACAGCACCACACAGGUCAGCCAGCCUCGGAGCGGCUCCCCCAGGCCAGCGGAGCCCACGGACUUCCUGACGCUCUUCGAGGGCAGUCCCAGUGGGAAAAAGAGGCCGGCCAGCCUGAGUACAGCCCCCAGCGAGAAGGGAGCCACCUGGAACGUCCUGGAUGACCAGCCCCGGAGCUUCACCUUGCCACCCAAUGCCCGGAGUUCCAGUGCCCUUGACUCACCGGUGGGCCCUCGGAGGAAAGAGUGCACCGUGGCCCUGGCCCCCAACUUCACUGCUAACAACAGGAGCAACAAGGGAGCCAUGGGCAACUGCGUCACCACCAUGGUGCACAACCGCUACACCCCCUCGGAGAGGGCACCCCCGCUCAAGAGCUCCAACCAGACUGCCCCCUCCCUCAACAACAUCAUCAAGGCAGCCACCUGCGAGGGCAACGAGAGCAGUGGCUUCGGGAAGCCACCAAAGAAUGUCUCCGGUGCCAGCCACUCAGCCCGGAACAAUGCUGGGGGCACCACGGGCCUGCCCAGGCGGAAGGAGGUGACAGAGGAGGAGGCUGAGAGGUUUAUCCACCAGGUGAACCAGGCCGCUGUCACCAUCCAGCGCUGGUACCGUCGCCAGGUGCAGCGGCGCCGAGUGGGAGCUGCCCGCCUGGAGCACCUGCUGCAGGCCAAGCGGGAGCUUCUUUGGCAGGAGCAGCGGCAGCGGCCAGGCGAGGGGACCCUCCUGGACCUGCACCAGCAGAAAGAGGCAGCCAGGAGGAAGGCCCGGGAAGAGAAGGCACGCCAAACCAGGCGAGCGGCCAUUCAGGAGCUGCAACAGAAACGAGCCCUGAGAGCCCAGAAGGCGAUCACAGCUGAGCGUGGGCCGCCUGAGAAUCCCAGGGAGACCAGAGCGCCAGGGACGCGGCGGCCUGCUCAGGAGCUGUCCCCCACGCCAGGCGACGCUGCCCACCAGGCCCUCAAGGCCAACAAUGCUGGGGUGCCUCCAGAGUUACUGCCCGCCCCGGGAUGCUCUCUGUGGGAUGAUGCUGUGUUCUGCUGUGCAGGUACCGGCCUCCCUGCUGCAGGCCCUGGAGACUGCUGCCUGCCCACCUCCAGUUCGUCCCCAGAACCACAGCAGCCUCCAGAGGACAGGACGCAGGUCUGGGACGUUCUCGCCCAGGAUGCAGCUGGGGACAACCUGGAGACGGUGACCCCGAGCAGGGGCAGCACCAAAUCCAGAGGGCCCCUGGAGGAGCUGCUGCACACGCUGCAGCUGCUGGAGAAGGAGCCGGAGCCGCUGCCCCGCCCCAGGGCCCAUCACAGGGGCAGAUACGCCUGGGCCAGUGAGGAGGACGAUGCCAGCUCUCUGACAGCUGACAACCUGGAGAAAUUUGGAAAACUCAGUGCGUUCCCCGAACCCCCUGAGGAUGGGACGCUGCUCUCGGAGGCCAAGCUACAAAGCAUCAUGAGCUUCUUGGACGAGAUGGAGAAGUCUGCGCAGGACCAGCCGGACCCCCAGCAGGGGUGGGUGCUGGAGGCGGGGCCCGGGCCCCUGGAGCUGGGGUCCGAGGCGAGCACGUCGGUGAUGCGGCUGAAGCUGGAGGUGGAGGAGAAGAAGCAGGCCAUGCUGCUGCUGCAGAGAGCGCUGGCGCAGCAGCGAGACCUCACGGUCCGGCGGGUCAAGGAGACAGAGAAGGCAUUGAGCCGGCAGCUACAGCGGCAGAGGGAGCACUACGAGGCCACCAUCCAGCGGCACUUGGCCUUCAUCGACCAGCUGAUCGAAGACAAGAAGGUCCUGAGUGAAAAGUGCGAGGCUGUGGUGGCCGAGCUGAAGCAGGAGGACCAGAGAUGCACUGAGCGUGUGGCCCAGGUGCAGGCGCAGCACGAGCUGGAGAUUAAAAAACUCAAAGAACUAAUGAGUGCCACUGAGAAAGUCCGCCGGGAGAAGUGGAUCAGUGAGAAAACCAAGAAGAUCAAGGAGGUCACUGUCCGAGGCCUGGAGCCCGAGAUACAGAAGCUGAUUGCCAGGCACAAGCAGGAGGUGCGGAGGCUCAAGAGCCUUCAUGAGGCGGAGCUGCUGCAGUCGGACGAGCGGGCCUCACAGCGCUGCCUGCGCCAGGCCGAGGAGCUGCGGGAGCAGCUUGAGCGGGAGAAGGAGGCGCUGGGCCAGCAGGAGCGCGAGCGUGCUCGGCAGCGGUUCCAGCAGCACCUGGAGCAGGAGCAGUGGGCGCUGCAGCAGCAACGGCAGCGGCUGUACAGCGAGGUGGCCGAGGAAAGGGAGCGACUGGGCCAGCAGGCAGCCAGGCAGCGGGCGGAGCUGGAGGAGCUGAGGCAGCAGCUGGAGGAGAGCAGCUCUGCGCUGACCCGAGCCCUGAGGGCGGAGUUUGAGAAGGGCAGGGAGGAGCAGGAGCGCCGGCACCAGAUGGAGCUGAAGGCCCUGAAGCAGCAGCUGGAGCUGGAGAGGCAGGCGUGGGAGGCCAGCUGUGCUAGGAAGGAGGAGGCGUGGCUGCUGAACCGGGAACAGGAGCUGAGGGAAGAAAUCCGGAAAGGCCGGGACAAGGAGAUCGAGCUGGUUAUUCACCGGCUGGAGGCCGAUAUGGCACUGGCCAAGGAAGAGAGUGAGAAGGCUGCUGAGAGUCGCAUCAAGCGCUUACGGGACAAGUACGAGGCAGAGCUCUCCGAGCUGGAGCAGUCGGAGCGGAAGCUUCAGGAGCGGUGCUCCGAGCUGAAGGGCCAGCUUGGGGAGGCCGAGGGUGAGAAUCUGCGUCUGCAGGGCCUCGUGCGGCAGAAGGAGCGGGCGCUGGAGGACGCGCAGGCCAUGAACGAGCAGCUUUCUAGCGAGCGUAGCAACCUGGCCCAGGUGAUCCGCCAGGAGUUCGAGGACCGGCUGGCAGCCUCUGAGGAGGAGACGCGGCAGACCAAGGCCGAGCUGGCCGCGCUGCAGGCCCGCCAGCAGCUGGAGCUGGAGGAGGUGCACCGGAGGGUGAAGACGGCCCUCGCGAGGAAGGAGGAGGCUGUGAGCAGCCUCCGGACACAGCACGAGGUGAGUCCCUGUGGCCAGCCCUUCGGGACCUCGGGGCUGGGAGCAGGCCUGACCCUGCGGGUGUGUUGCAGGCUGCGGUGAAGCGGGCCGACCACCUGGAGGAGCUGCUGGAGCAGCACAGGCGGCCCACACUGAGUACCAAGUGACCAGGAUGCUGGGAACACUGCUGAAGAACGGAAGGCAGAGGACAGAGGCUGGACAUGGCCCGGAGGCCCACGGGGAUGCUCACCUGCCCCCUGCAGAGGCUGGUGGUUGAGAUGCACAUGGCUGAGCACCUGUGGCUGCAUUUUAACAGUAAAGGAGGCCGUCGUUUUCAGUGC